CAUGGCUCCGGGUAUGAAAAGGACGUGGCUGGUAAUGAGGUCGCUCACUCGCUGCUCGUCCUUCGCCUGAUCUGCUGCUGCCCACCAGGAGGAACAGAAGGACCAGAAACCAGCAUGUCGGACCAGUCGGCAUUUGACACUGACGUAUGGACCCUGACCCGGUUUGUCAUCGAGACCGGCCGCCAGGCAAAGGGAGCGACCGGUGAGCUGACCCAGCUCAUUAACGCCAUGCUGACCGCCAUCAAAGCCAUUUCUUGUGCUGUGCGAAAGGCAGGCCUGGUCCACUUGCAGGGCUUGGCGGGCUCUGUGAACGUGACGGGGGACGAUGUGAAGAAGCUGGACGUGCUGUCUAACGAAAUGGUCAUCAACAUGCUGCAGGCCUCCUACAGCACCUGCUGCAUGGUGUCGGAGGAGAACAAGGAGCUCAUCGUCACUCCCAAAGAUAAGAGGGGAAAGUAUGUGGUCUGUUUUGAUCCUCUGGACGGCUCCAGUAACAUCGACUGCUUGGCUUCUAUCGGCACCAUAUUUGCCAUUUACAAACGGGUAUCAGAGGGGGAGCCCACAGAGAAAGAUGCCCUGCAGCAGGGGAACAACAUUGUGUGUGCAGGAUACACCCUGUACGGCAGCGCCACCCUGGUGGCCCUCAGCACCGGCGCCGGCCUCAACUUCUUCAUGUUGGACCCUGCCAUCGGCGAGUUCAUCCUGACCGACAGGAACGUGAAGAUCAAGCAGAAGGGGAAGAUCUACAGUCUUAAUGAGGGCUACGCCAAGUACUUCCACCCCUCCAUCAACGAGUACCUCAAGCACAAGAAGUACCCAGAGGAUGGCGGCGCUCCCUACGGAGCUCGUUAUGUGGGCUCUAUGGUCUCAGAUAUUCACCGCACCAUCGCCUACGGGGGGAUCUUCAUGUACCCCGCCAACGAGAAGAGCCCCAAGGGAAAGCUGCGGUUGUUGUACGAGUGCAACCCCAUCGCUUUCCUCAUCGAGCAAGCGGGAGGCCUCGCCACCACCGGCACGCAGAGGAUACUGGACGUUCAGCCCGAAGCGCUCCACCAGCGGGUUCCCUUCGUGGCCGGCUCCCCUGAUGACGUCAACGAGUACUUGACCUUUGUCAAGAAGUACCAGUGAUUUACUUCAGGGAUUCUCCAAAUGUUUCUAUUAAAAAAAAUAAAAAUAAAAAAAAAAAGGCCAGAAUUUGGUUUUCUCCCAAUGCCAAGAAAGUUAUUUUUGGAUCUUUGAUUAUACAUGUAUGAGUUGUCAAAUCUCUUGAUCACAGAAUAAUACUUGAAUACUUGAAUACAUCUAAACCAGAUAAGUUUCCCAUAUUGUUUGCAAUAUUGUGCAGCACAGAAAAGAAAGAAAAGUGGUUACUUAAUAAGAUUAUGACAUGUUUUAAUAAGUGAUGAUCCAAAGGGACAAGUGUGUCCUCUACAGCUUUCCAUACAUUGCAGCUUGUCCUUGCAUCUCAACAUUUAGAAGUCAAUAAACAAAAGAUUUUUCAAAACA